UCGGAACUAGGAAACUCAAAUGUCCGACUUGCUGACUGUUUGAAAGCGGCACGUGUACAUAAGUACAACCAAUACUUGCAUAUUCGGAAAUUUCAGUGUUUCCUAGUUACGACUAUCACGUGAACGCGGCAACGGGAGCAGAAACACACAUGUGUUGUAGCGGUUCUUAUUAUACCUCCGCGGUCGUAGCUGGACAAACAUUUAUACAAACGAAUUGAAUCCACAUAACAUUGAAGAAGAGGCGCCACCUACAUCAUGAAUGAUUUUGGAAGCUACCCUCCGCCGAACUUUGUCUCUCCUCCUCCGGGUUCGAUGGUGAGUCCUCCAACGUUCCUUCCACCUCCGAGCAACUUCCAGCCCGGUAUGUGGAACUGGUACGAGCCACCGUCCGAGCCGUGGAGAUACAACGGCCAGGGAGAACACUGGAACUGCGGCCCCGGACCAGGUCGACCCAGAGGCUCAUAUGGCCAGAACUUCCAUCGUGGAGGCGGAAGGCAGGACUAUGGUCGUCCCAACAACCAUGGGAAAAAGCAGAAAAAUAAAAAAGAACCAGAGUUUUCACAUUUCUGUGACCCGUGUGACCGAGGCUUCAAAAACCAAGACAAGUAUGACCAACAUGUCUCUGAACAUGUCAAGUGCUCAGUUGAAGACUGCAGCUUCACUGCUCAUGAGAAGCUGGUCAACAUUCACUGGAAAAAUAACCAUGCCCCAGGGGCAAAGAGAAUCAAGCUGGACACUCCAGAGGAGAUUUCUAAAUGGAGAGAGGAGAGGCGCAGGAACUACCCGACCCUGGUGAACGUGGAGAAGAGGAGGAAGGUGAUGGAUGCCAGGGAGGAGACUGGAGCGGUGCUGGAAACCGCUCAGUUUGGGAGGAUGAGGGGUAGAGGUUGUGGACAGCGUGGUGGAAGGUUCCAGAGGGGCAGAUGGGCCAGACCAGGUCCUCGUCAGUCAGAGAGACCGCCACACCCCACUCAACCCCCCAUGGAGAGGCCUCCACCCCUCACUCAGUACCCCAGGGAGGGAGACCCACUGGGGGCUCUUGCCAACAGCGACCCAGACUCUGAUACAGAGGAGCCAGUCAGUGGAGGUGGGGUGACUGUGGCCCCUAAACAAAUGACAUCAGGGCUGGGAUCUCUGAUGGCCAGCUACGGCUCCAUGAGCGAGAGCGACAGUGACCAGGAACCACAAGUCCUGCCCAUCCAGAGGACCAGUCAGCUGCUGACGGAGAACCAGGCAAUGCUGAAGGCUCUGCCAGCCAAGCCCCAGAACAGUGCUUCAUCUGGGGCUAAGAGACUCUACCCUGAGCCCCCCGGGAACCACAGCCUGGGUCUGGUCCUCAUAGACCUAGUCGGGGGAGAGGAAGAGGAGCGAGAGGAGGACGAAAUAACAUGGACACCCCCCAACAGCGCCGUGCCACUCUGCUUGAGAUGUUACUGGCCCCAGACAUCCGCCAUGAGAGGAACGUGCUCCUGCAGUGUGUUCGCUACAUUGUCCGAAACAACUUCUUUGUACUGGAGGGUCAAACUCAGGACCAGGAGGGAACUCUGGGUAGAACGGUGACCAGAGAUGACCCUAACAUUGACCUCCAGACACAGGAAGUGAGAGCAGAUGAUCUGAGGGCUCUACUCCCAGCUACCUCUGUGGUUGGUCCAGAUGAAAAAGGUGACCAGGUGAGGUCAUCACUAGAAGGUACCCAGAAACCACCAGUCUGUCAGGGACCUUCAGAGGUGGACAUUUUGAAUGGUGAAGAUGUUCAUCCUGAGGAGAUGCCAGGUGCAGCCUCUAACCCUGAUGUCAUAACUCAGCUGAACUCUAACCCUGAUGUCCUGGGGACUGUGGCUGAGCAGUCUGUAGCCCAACAAGUGGGAGAAGACCAGAGCAUGGAGGAGAACACACAGAGUGGACCAGCCGGCUCACAGUCACAUCCCCUCCAGGAAACCCCAAUGGACUUGGCUGUGAAUGCUAAUUAUGGAGAUUGUCACCCUGAAGACCACUCCCAGACCUCCAUCCCCAACUAUGAUGAUGAAGUCUGGGAGACCCAAGACCCCUGAAGUCACCCUAACCUUUAAAUCAAGACUGUCACCCUAACCUUUAAAUCAAGACUGUCACCCUAACCUUUAAAUCAAGACGGUCACCCUAACCUUUAAAUCAAGACGGUCACCCUAACCUUUAAAUCAAGACGGUCACCCUAACCUUUAAAUCAAGACUGUCACCCUAACCUUUAAAUCAAGACUGUCACCCUAAAAGCAGAUUUAUUCUUGAUCCAGAAAUGUGGUCCGGAGGCUCCGUACAAUUGCGUAGCCUCUGGAGGCUUGCAGAGGCCAACUCAAGCUCCGCAUUGCCGUGCACCUCCAAAUUUUGUAACCAUGCAGAGCUCUGUAUAGCUCCGUUUUUGACAUAAUUGGAUGACUGUAGUUGGGCGGGACUUCCUGUAUAAACACAAAAUUCCUUCCUUCACAACAGCUCUGAAGUAUGAAUGCCCUGACUUCUGUAGAGGCCGUAUCGCAGUAAAUGCUGUACGGCCAUAUCAGAUUGGCCAUGCAGAGCCUUUAACCCUUAAAUCAAGACAGUCCCCUUGACCUUUUACCUUGUCUCUGAUGUUGGCGAGUUAUUCCCCUACAGUCAUUUAUGUUUUCAUCUAAACAUCAACUACCUCUGGCAUUUUAUUUGUACUCUUCUUUUUUCAACAUGGAAAUAAAUGACUUGUUCUACUGUGGGAAUAUAACCCAGGAAAUCGAUAGUU